AUGUCCAGUGCACCAGUGGUUGUUGUUACGGGAGCCAGUGCCGGAAUUGGUGCUGCCAUCGUCGACAAGCUGUUGUUGGAGGAGACCAAUGUGGUUCUCGUGGACGUGACUGAAGAACCUCUGGAAAAGCGACAGAAAGAGUACGGCCAUGCAAGAGUUCAGUACGUUGUUGGUGACGUCUCGACCGACAAAACCAACCACCUCGCCGUGAAGGCGGCUUUGGAUACCUGGGGAAAAGUCGAUGCUUUGGCACUGAACGCCGGGGUCAUGUCGCCAGUCAGGAGAAUCUGCGAUGUCGAGUCGACCGAAUGGACCAGAAUAUUCAACAUCAACGUCGUCUCUCAAAUAUCUAUGCUCGCCGAAGCUAUCCCUCACCUUCGCAGAACAAAGGGUCGGGUCGUCUUCACCUCGUCUGACGCUGGGGAGAAGCCGAGUUUUGCAGCCUGGGGAGCAUACGGCGCCACCAAGGCCGCCGUGAACUAUCUCGUCAAGGUGCUGGCUCUGGAAGAGCCCGAGAUCACAGCCGUGGGACUGUACCCUGGAGUCGUGAACACGCCACUGGUGCAAGGAAUAUUCAGAGGAGAUUACACUUCAGGCAUGAGUGAACAAGAGCUGCAGACCUAUAAGGAUUUGGUACAGCCUAGACUUGUCGAGGCUCAUCAGCCAGGAACGGUCCUUGCGAAUCUGGCAUUAUCGGCGUCUGCGAACCUCAGUGGUUCGAUCCUCUUCUGGGAUGACGAGAACAUUAAACAAUUUCGAUAG